UUUAACUUGCGAACAAACUACAAUAAACUCCUACUUAAACAUAAAUGAAAGACAAACUGUGAAAGUUUUGCCAGGGUUGAAACAUGGGCUGCUGGGCCAAGCUGAGGCCAUCUGGAUGGGCUUAUCCAACCACAAUCUUGUGUCUCUAUGGCUUUUUUGCUAACUGCCGAGUAGCAGAGCCCUUCCUCACACCUUAUUUAAUUGGACCACACAAGAACAUCUCUGAAGAGGUGGUAACCAAUUAUCUGUUUCCCAUCUGGACGUACUCCUACCUGGCCUUCCUUUUCCCUGUUUUCCUCUUGACCGACUUCCUCAGAUACAAGCCCGUCAUUAUGGUGCAGGGCCUUUUUCUGGUCACCAACUAUAUCCUGCUCUGCUUUGCCCCUGGUCUGUCUGCAAUGAUCUUCCUUCAGAUAAACUAUUCAGUAGUGACUUCCACAGAGGUGGCCUACUUCUCUUACAUUUACAGUGUGAUUCCACUUGAAAAAUACCAAAGGGCUACAGGUUACCUGCGCAGUGCCAUGCUGACUGGAUAUACAUUUGGUGCCAGCCUAGGUCAAAUGCUCGUCUCCCUUGCAGGAGUGGACUACUUCUACAUCAAUACUAUAACUCUGGGGUUUAUGAGCGUAGCUUUUCUCAUCUCGUUCUUGUUGCCCAUGCCCAAAAGAAGCAUGUUCUUCAAGGUGGAAAAGGCUGCAGGCUCACACAAGGAGGAAUGGCUCAGGAGCAACGAGGAUCCAGUGAUGGAUGCGAGUGCAGCAGGCCCAGAGGAGGAGAAGAUGCAGCGCGAUGGCAGUGCUGCAUGGUUCAGCAAAAAAAAUCUGACUGCUGCAGGACAUUUGCUUUGGGGGAGUUUGAGGGAGUCAUACUCUUCACGACAUUUAGUCUACUGGUCCUUGUGGUGGGCUCUGGCUACAGCUGGCUAUACGCAGAUCUUUAACUACAUUCAGCUUAUGUGGGACCAUAUAGAGCCAUCUGCAACAUCAUCCAUCUACAACGGAGGAGUUGAGGCUGUUUGCUCGGUUGUUGGUGCUGUGGCAGCUUUUUCUGUGGGCUUCAUCAAGGUGUCCUGGGCCGUGUGGGGAGAGCUGGCGUUGGGGCUGUUCUCGGCCGUGGCGUCAGGCGCAGUGUUCCUGAUGGCGUUCACCAGCAGCAUCUGGGCGUGCUACGCUGCAUAUGUGAUAUUCAAAUCCUGCUACAUGUUUCUCAUCACCAUCACAAUUUUUCAGAUCGCAUCUAACCUCUCCAUGGAAUGUUACGCUUUAACAUUUGGGAUCAACACUUUCAUAGCCCUCUCACUGCAGACCAUCGUUACAUUCAUUGUAGUGGAUGAAGCUGCUCUGGGACUGGAUAUUGUGACACAAUUCCUCGUAUAUGGAAGUUACUACGCUGCCAUCUCACUUCUCUUUCUGAUACGAGGAACCUACACCGCCUGUGUUCAACAGUGCCGUCCUGAUACGUCAGAGCCCAAACAACCAGGGACUGGUGGAGAGGUGAUCUCUGCUGAACGUUUCUGACAAGCAUCAAUAAAAAUAAUCAUGCAUAAACAAGCAUUACUGGCUUUUAAUUACUGAUUUACCUGUGCAUAAUUUUGUAACUCAUCUUA